AUGCCGGCGAUGGCGGUGCUGGCGGCCGCGGCGUGGUGCCUCCUGCAGGUGCACGGCCGGCGCCUGGACGCGCUGGCGGGGCGCGCGGGCCCCAACGGCAAUUUCCUGGACAACGACCAGUGGCUGAGCACCGUCUCGCAGUACGACCGCGACAAGUACUGGAACCGCUUCCGAGACGAUGAUUAUUUCAGGAACUGGAAUCCCAGCAAGCCCUUCGACCAAGCCCUGGACGCGUCCAAAGACCCCUGCCUGAAGGUGAAGUGCAGCCCUCACAAGGUGUGUGUGACCCAGGACUACCAGACGGCCCUGUGUGUCAGCCGCAAGCACCUGCUUCCCAGGCAAAAGAAGGGGACCGUGGCCCACAAACACUGGGCGGGGCCUUCGAAUCUGGUCAAGUGCAAGCCCUGCCCCACCGCACAGUCGGCCAUGGUCUGCGGCUCCGAUGGCCACACCUACACAUCCAAGUGCAAGAUGGAGUUCCAAGCCUGUUCCACUGGCAAGAGCCUCAGCACCCUCUGUGACGGGCCCUGCCCAUGUCUCCCGGAGCCCGAGCCUCCGAAGCACAAGGCAGAGAAGAAUGCCUGCACGGACAAGGAGCUGAGGAACCUCGCCUCCCGGCUGAAGGACUGGUUCGGAGCCCUUCAUGAGGACGCCAACAGGGUCAUCAAGCCCACCAGCUCCGAUGCGGCCCAAGGCAGGUUUGACACCAGCAUCCUGCCCAUCUGCAAGGACUCCCUGGGCUGGAUGUUCAACAAGUUGGACAUGAACUAUGACCUCCUGCUUGACCACUCAGAGAUCAAUGCCAUCUACCUGGACAAGUACGAGCCCUGUAUCAAGCCUCUCUUCAACUCCUGUGACUCCUUCAAGGACGGCAAGCUCUCCAACAACGAGUGGUGCUACUGCUUCCAGAAGCCGGGAGGUCUCCCUUGCCAGAAUGAAGUGAGCAGGAUCCAGAAGCUGAGCAAGGGGAAAAGCCUGCUGGGAGCAUUCAUACCCCACUGUAACGAGGAGGGCUACUACAAAGCCACGCAGUGCCACGGCAGCACGGGCCAGUGCUGGUGCGUAGACAAGUACGGGAACGAGCUGGCGGGCUCCAGGAAGCAGGGCGCUGUGAGCUGUGAAGAGGAGCAGGAGACCUCCGGGGACUUCGGCAGCGGCGGCUCCGUGGUGCUGCUGGACGACCUGGAGGAUGCGCGGGAGCCGGGGCCCAAGGACCAGCUGGGGAGGCUGCGGGCGCACACCCGGGCGACCGAGGACGAUGAGGACGAGGACGACGACAAGGAGGACGAGGUCGGCUACAUAUGGUAG